AUCAACUUUAACCAGUUUGACACGUAAAUAAACAUAGCUCUAGUUGCUAAUAAAUUUUCAUUAAUAUAAAACAAUUCUUCUAUCUGAACUCAUUUUAGUUUAAAGUUUUUAGCAUUUGUUGUAAUUAUUCUCCUAAAUUUUAUAUUUACCCAUUGUUGCAGUAUGCAUAUGAUUGCAAUUUGGUGAUUUUAACAUUCGAGGAAAUUGUGACGCAUUUUCGGACUUGAACUUGUAGUUAAUUCUAGUUUUAGAUGCAAGCAUAAAUAUGUUUUAAUUCUGAAGAAGAGCAUGCCAAAAGUGCGUAUUCAAUGGCCUGCUUCUAAUUCUCAAUCCAUGCCGGGGGAUAGUGGAAUGCCCACUGAGUGGUCUAAAAAUGGAAGCCUCAUAAACAAGCCUCCACGAGGUUGGCUCCACCCAGAUUCUCAGGUUGCCUAUGGCGGAGUGAAAUAUGCUGUGCGAUAUAUUGGCUGCUUGGAAGUGAACACAUCCAUGAAAAGUUUGGAUUUUGAUUUUAGAUCUCAAAUUGCUAAGGAAUGCAUUAACAGAGUUUGUGAAACAGCCGGUUUGAAAACUGCGGAUAAAAAAAGAAGAGUAGACAAACGAAUUUGUCGAAUGCUGGCAGAAAAACCCAACAUGGAUUUUGCUGGCUCUAAUGCAAAUUUAGUCAUAACAAGUGCAUGUAUGAAUCUAUCUGUAAUGGAAUCCGAAGAAAUAAUUGUUAAUCAUGAAAUGCCCAAUGUAUCCUUUGCGUCUGGUGGAGAUGCGGAUACUCUGGAUUUUAUUGCAUAUGUUGCUAAAGAUACUAGUUUUGGGCGUGCUUGUUUUGUCCUGGAAUGUGGUCUCGCACAAGAUGUGAUCACAACAAUAGGGCAGGCAUUUGAAUUGCGAUUCAAAGAAUUCCUAAAAAAGACUCCACGUGCCAUCACUGUUCCUGAUCGGUUAGAUAAUCCUGUCUUUAAUGGAGAUGCUUGGGGUGAAGAUUCUGAAUAUUACAAUGAUCUGCCAGCACCUUUACCUCCUCUCCCGGACUACCAUCAAAAUGGAGUAGAGCAACCUUCUUCCAUGGAUACUUGCAAUGCUGAACCAUUGUCAACAAAUGAAAAUACAGAACCAGAAUAUGUGAAUAGCAUAGUUGCUGCUUCUGAACAGACAUCAUUUAAUUUACAACCUAUUGAGACAGCAUUGCAGGAGGCUCCUCCACCCCCUAAGCACAGGACAACAUCAUCCUUUGUUCAGAAAUGGCCAGCUGGAUUGGCCAAUCACAGAGUGGUACUCCUUCAAGAAGAGUGGUUUCAUGGACCCAUCAGCAGAAAGGAGAGUGAGUCCUUAGUGGUAAGGGAUGGGGAUUUCUUGGUACGAGAGUCCCAAGGUUCCCCAGGACAGUAUGUAUUGACAGGGAUGCAGAAUGGAAUUCGAAAGCAUUUACUCUUGGUGGAUCCAGAAGGAGUGGUUCGAACAAAAGACAGAACUUUUGAGAGUGUGACUCAUUUGGUAAGUUUUCACUGUGAUAAUGGUUUGCCAAUUAUAUCGGCUGAGAGUACCUUGAUUUUAAGGAAUCCCAUCCCUAGAACUAUGAAUCAUCACUGAAAGGAUAACAAAGGUUGUUGUUGUGCCAUAUUAAAAGGAACAAAGUAGAAAGAGAGGCAGUAUUCACUUUCAUAAACAUGAUCAAAGAAAUGUGUGAUAACGUUUUAUGAUUUUUUUCAUCCAAAUGCUUCUUAAAUGUUUUAUGAAAAUUUUGUAUUCCAAUAAAUAAAAAAAAAGCCAUUGAA